ACUCCAGCAGAAAAGAAAAUGUGUAUAAAAGAUCUGGUUUGUCCAGUGUGGGGACCAAACCAGCUACCACACACCUCACACUUCAACAGCCAACUCUAGUCCAGCUACAGCAAUCAUGUACACAUCCGUCUUUGCCGUACUUCUCUUGGCCACCGCCGCCCUCGCUAGCAACUAUGGCUACGGCCAAGGUGGCUACGGCUACGGUGGAUUCGGUGGAUUGGGCGGAUUCGGUGGAGGCUUUGGUGGAGGCUUUGGUGGAUUGGGAGGCUUCGGUGGCAUCGGAGGCUUCGGUGGAAUUGGAGGAGGUUUUGGUGGAAUUGGAGGAGGCUUCGGUGGAAUCGGUGGAGGCUUUGGUGGAUUAGGAGGAUACGGAGGUUACGGACAUGGAGGAGGUCACGGUUACCUCCCUGUCAUCUACGGAAAGGGAUACAACAACUACUAUUGAUCUGAUUCAUCAAUUGACCGACAAUGCAAGAUUAUUUGCAGCUAGUUAUUAAAACAAUAGCAGAUUUUAUAGUGGAAUAAAUUAUUUUAUUUUGAAAACAAAAA